CCGCAUUUGGUACUGAAUCGGAUUGCGCCGACUCAGACGCUGGCUUCGGUACGGGCACAACUUGUUUCCCUCGGUUCUUCUUUUUUCUGCAGUCCGUCGUCCGAAGCGUUCGUGCUGUCAUUCGUAGAGGUAGGACCCUCGUUUGCUUUUUUUUCAACGUCACUGAUGAACUCGAUGAAGUCGCUGUCGCUGGAACACCUAUGCAACACGUCUGCCAUCUCGGGAAGCGGAACCGUAUCUCCUCCGGAUUCACCGGUGCGUUCGACUUCGAAUUCACCCGAAUUCAUUGAUCUUCUAUUGGUGACCGAUGAACUCGGUCGUCGCUUCAGGGCAAAAGAUCCGGAUCCACCAGAGCUGGAUACCAGAGACACGGGGUCCACACCGGCAGCGCUGCCUGUAAAUCGCUUGCUACCGCUGGCAUAAAACGAGUAGGAUUUUCCGAAAUUGUCGAGGCUGCUCCUCCUCGUUUGUGAAUCUCUCUUGACUUGCAACAGCCUAGGCAGCACAAACGCGCAGCAGCUAAACACUGUGGCCCAAAAAACACCGAUGGCCUGUAUCACGUACAUGGUAUUUCGAUCGAUGUUCAAGAAGAACCCCACCAAAACUAUGAAUACGGCACCCAAAGCAAAGUUGUACAUGGCAAACAGCAGUUGCUUGGCUUCUCCGAAUGCCGAUCCAAUAUUUCUGGUCAUGUAUGCUAAUACACAGCCAACGACUACUAAAAUUCCUUCAAACACCAUCUCAGUGAUGAACAUCGCUUUGGUACCCGGUUUGCACAUAGUUAUCUCGUAGCUGCUACUGCCAUCGAUAUCCACGUAACUAUGC